AUGGACUCGACUCGUACCAUUUCCGAGUUGAAGUCGUCCUUCAUCCGGGCGCAAGUGCGGCUUUUGUCUGAAAGCCUCAUACCGCCCGAGGACUGGCGACACUAUGCAUCUGAGGCCACAGAGGAUGAGCUGAGCGAUAAGGUGGUCGGAGAUGCUCUCAAGAAAUUCAAUGCGUCUCUGAAACAGCACAAUCGUAUCGUUUACUCGUCCCAGGCGGUUCAGCAUGUCGCACAGCAAAUCGCAAGCCUUUACUGGUCUUCCGUGAAUCAGGCGAUGCGCGACCGGGGCUCUCUCCUCCAAGGGGUGGAAAAAUCCGUGGACCUGUCCAGUCAUUUGAAUAUCGCACAACUGCCGUUGGAACUGGAGGACCCAAAUGCGAAUGAUGAGGAUCGAGCACGAUACCAGGAACUACGCGAACAACUGGUGUCCUUGGACAGCCUUCGGAAACAGCGACAGCGGCGGUUGAACCAAUUGCGACAGCUACAACGGUUAUUAGAACCCUUCCAAAGUCCACAGGAUAACAUCCAACCGAAUUUGGUGACUCGAGAUGGGGAGUUGGUUCAGGAACUGGAGAAAAUGCGGAUGCUUGUUGCGCGUGUAGGAGGUCGGAUUGAGCAGGGAAAGAAGAAGCUUAACACUGACGGGCAGAGGGCGUCAUCGUAUUCGCUAGGAGGGGAUGAGAAAUUGGAAGCGUUGUUAGAUAUGACAGAGUGAGUUGAGAGGGAGAGAGGGAGCGAGGGAGCGAGAGAGUUCAGUAGAGCCCAUGGAAUAACAAGGGUGUGAAAACAAGAAG